AUGGUUCUUCUUCUACUUUUGCGCGUGCGACCUGCUGGUGGCGAUAUUGCACGGCCGCUCGCCAUCCGGCUCUGGUCCAUACCACGGCCUGGGAGCUGCUGUCUUGUUCGGCGGCGGUGGCGUGAUGAAUGGACCUCCAUUGUUGGAACAAGGGU